GAUGAUUGAUAGGAUUGAAGUCCUCCAUUCAUGCAAAUAUUUACAUAGAGACCUUAAACCAGAUAAUUUUGUAUUAGAAAAUACGACCAGUCCAAAACUAAUUAAUUUAAUUGAUUUUGGAUUAUCAAAAAAAUAUGCUGUAUUAAUAUAUUUAGUUUAUAGAAUUCAAAAGGAGAUCAUAUAAAAUUGAUAAAAAAACCAGGAUUAAUAGGUACUGCUAGAUAUGCAAGUAUUAAUGCACAUGAAUCAUUGGAAUAAGGAAGAAGAGAUGAUUUAUAAAGUUUAGGUUAUGUUUUAUUGUAUCUACUUACUGGGCAUCUACCUUGGAUGAAUGUUAAAAUUGAAAAUAAAAAUCUUAAAUAUGCUAAAAUUCAUCAAAUGAAGAAAAAUUGGAAAUCAGAAUAACUAUUCUCUAAAUAAGCCAAAUGUUUUAUUAAAUUUAUGUAAGAUAUUUAAAAUUUAGAUUUUACAUAAUAACCUAAUUACAAAUAACUUAAAUCCUAUUUCUAAGAUGAAUUAUCUUAACUUUCUCUUAAUUAUUUAAAUUAUGGCUAUGAUUGGGAAAAACUUAAAGAAUAUUCCAGCAAAAAUAAAAAACAUUAAACUAUUGCAAUCAUGAAUAGUUCAGGAAGGGAUGAAAUAAUGAAUAUUCAAUUUUAAAAAUUAAAUAAACAUGAAUUACUUUUAAAAAAAAGUACAAAAAAAUUAGAUAAUAAACCAUUCCUUAUUAAUGUAGCUGAACCAUCAGAACAUUAAAAAUAAUUAGAUGUUUAACCAUAACAUAUUUCAGGAAAUCCUUUUCUAUAAAUUCCUUAAUAUAAUUCUUGUAGCAAAAUCGAUUAAAUAUCCUCAUUAAAUUAAUCUAAUCAUACAUCUAAAACUAAUAAUUAUUUAUAGAGUGAUGAUGUAUUAAGUGAAGAAUUAUUACCAAAUAUUGAAAUGACAGAAAGCUCUAUACCUGGAUUCAAAAAAAUGUUUGAUUAUGAAAUGAUAGGAAUUAAAAAACCUCUUAUUCUCAACAAAAAAACAUCCUGUAUUUAUUUUAUUAUUAUUAUUACAUAGAAAUGGAUACAAUCAAAAUCAUGUAAUAAACAUUUAUUUAACCUUAAGUAAUUAAAGAUGAAGAGGAAAAUCCAGACUUAGAUUUCAGUGAUUGA